AUGUGUAGAGAGCCUGCGCCUCUUUCUCUUUAUAGCUUUUGUCUCCACCGGUGGAAUCUCCCUUCUCUCAGUAGUGAUUGCAGCUCGCCUUCCUCCCAGUAUUUAUGGAAGACGGGGCUCAUUGAUUCAGCUUCUCCCCCUUUUCGGCCACCGCCCUUUUUAUCUCGUUUUGGUCACGGGCGGACUCUGGAGUGGGUUCAAGGUUACUCUUAUGCGAUUGUUCUGGAUAAUUUGAUGCCGCAGGAUCACGCAUCGUGGGAUCGGAAGGAGCUCGUGAGGCAGAGGAAGCACGAGAGGCCUGAACCAUCUUUCGAUUCGGCUUUCAGAUGGAGGGAUUCGCCUUCUACUCCUUCUUCUCACCAUGGUCCCCGAGAUUUUUCACGUUGGGGAUCUGGAGACUUCCGCAGGCCUUCUUGUCAUGGUAAGCAAGGUGGGCGGCACCAGUUUGUGGAGGAGACUAGUCAUGGAUACACACCUUCUCGGUCCAGUGCCCGGAUGUUUGAAAAUGACUACUACAGACCAUCAGCUUCACGUGGAGACUGGAGAUAUACCAGGAAUUGCAGGGAUGAUCGAGUUUCUUUCAGCCAGAAGGACUGGAAAUGCAAUACAUGGGAGAUGAGCAACGGAUCUUCUAGAGGUUUUGAGAGGCCAGUUGGUAUUAGAAAUGGUCGGAGGUCAGUUGAUGAUAGGCCACCACAUACUUCGGAUAUUCAUACUAAUGUGGUGAACUCUUGGGAUCCAGCCAACUCCACUCAUCAGCCGGACAUUGAGCUCUGUAACCCAGUACGGACUCUAAAGUUUAGAAACGAGCAGAGAUUUUCAGAUCAAAGGCUAUCAGUUCCUUCAGAUCCUCAUUCUGACUGUCCUAGCUUGUUUGAACGGCCAUCUUCGGAGAACAAUUACGGCAAUAAGUCAUGCUCUCCAGCAAAGCAAUGCAAUGAUUUGAUGUAUGGUCGAAGAGUAGCUAAUGAUAAUUCAUUAGAUCCUCCAAUCCUCAAUGCAGAGGUAGAGGGUACUUGGGAACAGCCUCACCUGAAAGACCCGCAAGAUAAUAGGUUACAUGGAAUCAGUGAUUUAGACGGUGCCAGGAAAAAUGGGAAGGAGAGUCCUCUGGGAGCAAUGGGAAAACUUCCAGUAUGGACCGGUUCUGGCAGUUUUGCGUCUCAGAGUUCUGGUUUUAGUCACUCAAGUAGCUUGAAAAGCGCGGGGGCUGUCGAAUCUAGUGAUCGGAAAAAUGAGGUUCUUCCUAAAGUUGUUGCCGUGACUCAAUCUUCUUCAGGAGAUGCUACUGCUUGUGCCACAACUACUCAACUUCCUGAGGAGACGAAUUCUAGAAAGAAACAACGACUUGGGUGGGGUGAGGGCCUCGCAAAAUAUGAGAAAAAGAAAGUUGAUGUUUACACCAACGAAGAUGGAUCACCUAUGUUGGAAAAUGGUACAGACGAACUGCACUCUUUGACCAAAAAUAUGGCCGAUAAAAGUCCUACAGCAGCCACUGUUCCAGAUUAUGGUUCCCCUACAACUCCAUCCUCUGUAGCUUGCAGUUCAUCACCAGGGUUUGCAGAUAAAUCAUCUGCGAAGGCUGCUGUAGCUGCUAGCGAUGUCAGUAACAUGUGCCGUUCACCUAGUCCCGUGUCUAGUGUUCCCCUGGAACGAUUUCCAAUCAAUAUAGAGGAGCUCGAUAACAUCUCAAUCGAGCGAUUUGGCUGUUUGCUCAAUGAGUUGCUUGGUACUGAUGAUUUUGGUACAGGCGAUUCCAGUUCUGUUCAUUUGACUUCAAUGAACAGAUUACUUGCCUGGAAAGGUGAUAUUUUGAAAGCUGUAGAGAUGACUGAAUCGGAAAUUGAUCUUCUUGAAAACAAACAUAGGACGCUAAAGCUUGAAGGGGGAAGACACUGCCGUGUUGUUGGACCCAGUUCAUACCCUUUUGAGGGAGAUGAAAAUGUGCCCAAGGAGCAGGAAGCUUGUUGUAAUUUAGGUCCUAACGGAGCAGCUUCCUCUGUAGCUGAAACACUGGUGAGAGAUCCUGUUCAUCAGGCUGUUUUAGCCAAGGUUCCAGAUGAAAUUUCUGAAGAUAGCCCUGGAGAGUUUAAAUCUAUAGCCCAAUCGUUUGCCACUGUCGAAGGCGAUGUAGAUAUGUUGCCCAUGCCAUCUAUGAAGGCAGCUGCUUCUUCCAAAGAGAUCAACACAUCUGCUUUCGCCAAUCAGGAAAUUAUUGAGCUUUCUUCUGCUGAUUACAUCAUGGCCUCCAAUGAAGACUUACUCUGUGCUAAGUUAUUGUCUUCCAAUAAAAAGUGUGCCAGUGAAUCAUCUGAAGUAUUUAAAGAAUUACUUCCAAGAGAUUUCAGUUUGUUGGAAGACUCAAGAUUCCCUAGCCUAAGUCAAGGGCAGUUUGAUUCUCAGGUCAAGGGAAAAGUUGCAGAGAGGAUAGAGCUCUUGAGAGCUAGGGAGAAAAUUUUACUCCUUCAGUUUAAAGCGUUUCAGCUCGCAUGGAAGAAAGAUCUGCGUCAGCUAGCUUUAACAAAGUACCAGUCAAAGUCUAACAGAAAAACAGAAUUAUAUCCGAAUGCAAAGAAUAGCGGCCAUCUAAAGCUUCCCCAACCUGUACGCCUGAGAUUAUCUUCUUCAGCUUCAAGAAGGGAUAGUGUAGCCCCCACCGCAGAGCUCCUAAGUUAUAUGGAAAAGCUACUUCCGGACACCCAUCUAAAGCCUUUUAGAGACAUUUUGAGAAUGCCUGCAAUGAUUUUGGAUGAGAAAGAGAGGGUGAUGUCGAGGUUUAUCUCGAGCAAUGGACUGAUUGAAGAUCCAUGUGACGUUGAAAAGGAAAAAACAAUGAUUAAUCCUUGGACCUCAGAAGAGAAGGAGACUUUCCUGAAUAUGCUAGCAAUGCACGGGAAGAAUUUCAAGAAAAUUGCUUCAUAUCUUACCCAGAAGACAACUGCAGACUGUAUUGAGUACUACUACAAAAACCAUAAGUCUGAUUGUUUUAGGAAAAUAAAGAAGCAGCGUGCUUAUGGAAAAGAGGGGAAGCACACCUACAUGUUGGCGUCACAAAAGAAGUGGAAACGUGAGUUGGGGGCUGCCUCACUUGAUAUUUUAGGCGCCGUCUCCAUUAUAGCAGCAAAUGCUGGAAAGGUCGCAUCAACCAGGCAGAUCUCUUCCAAAAGGAUCACUCUUCGAGGUUGCAGCAGUUCUAAUUCAUUGCAGCACGAUGGGAAUAACUCUGAAGGGUGCUCCUACAGUUUCGAUUUCCCUCGCAAGAGAACUGUUCGUGAAGAUGUUUUAGCUGUUGGUCCUUUGUCAUCAGAGCAGCUAAAUUCUUGCUUAGGGACUUCCAUGAACUCUAGAGCGAGGUGUAUGGAUCAACUGAAGUUUGAUCCUGUUGUAAAAAAACCUCGGAUAUCUCAUACUACACAUAAUGAGAACAGCAAUGAAGAAGAUGACUCAUGUUCGGAAGAGAGCUGCGGGGAAACGGGCCAGUUACAUUGGACAGAUGAUGAGAGAUCUGCCUUUAUACAGGGUUUCUCGCUAUAUGGCAAGAAUUUUGCUUCAAUAUCGAAUUUUGUCAAGACAAGGUCUCCGGACCAGUGUAGGGUUUUCUUUAGCAAAGUUCGGAAAUGCCUUGGGUUGGAAUGUAUACAGUCUGGAUCUGGAAAUGUAAGCACAUCCGCAAGUGUUGAUAAUGCCAAUGAGGCUGGUGGAAGUGACUUGGAAGACCCUUGUGCUAUGGAGAGUAACUCUGGCAUAUGCAAUAAUGGAGAAAGCGUCAAGAUGGGUUUGAACUCACCUACCUCACCUUUUAACAUGAGUCAGGAGGUAGCUAAUCAUUCAGGCUCUGCAAAUGUGGAAGCUGGCGUGAGUAGAUCAGAACAAGAGACUGGGCUGACAUAUUUGCGUUUGAAAGAUGGUAUUAAUCUCGUGAACAAUGCAUAUAUCAAUGGGGCUCUCCCGGGACUAGUUUCGGAACCUGGCAGAGAUUUGGUUGACAAUAAUACUGUUGAGAGCCAGUGUCAGGCUGCAGAGAAGAGUAAGAGCAAUUGUCUACUGUCAAUGGAAAUAGAUGAAGAAAGCUCACGCAAGGACUCAGGAGGUCAAGGUGCUGCACUGCCUAAACAGAGUUCAAAGAAUCAAGAUGGAGUGAUGCAAGCUGCAAAUAGAAACAGAAAUACUGGUAUUGAGGCUGAAGCUGCACCUUCAGGUUUCAGGUAUCCUGAGUGUCUGCACCAUGUUCCGAUUGCGGUGGCUGAGGAAAACCUUGUAGGUGUCAGUAUACCACAAGGAAAUCCCAAUUGCCAUACAGAGUCCGAGUCACCAAAUUCUCUUGUUGGACAAGUUGUCCAAACAAAUAACUUGGGUUGGCAGUUUUCCAAGGUAAAUUUGGAUUUGGGUGGGAGGCUUCAGGGUUUAGGCCAUGUCAAAGUUGAGCAGAAUGGUCACCCAAAUGCGACUUAUAGCGAAUCUUGUCAAAUUCCCCAGAGACCAUUCACGCAAGAUCUGAGCAGGAUAAGCAGGUCUAAAUCUGAUUUGAUUGUGAAAACCCUACGAACAGGUGAAAGCUUCUCGCUCAGCAAGUGUACUACUUCAGCUGCUAAGCCUCUGAUAGUAUUCCAGAAAGAUGGAAGAUCUGGUCAUAUCAGGAGCCAUUCUUUUACUUUGCCUGAUACUGAGAGACUCGACAAGAAUGGUGAUGUGAAGCUGUUUGGUACAGUGCUAACCGCUGAUGAGAAUGGAGGCAUACAAAGACACGAUCCAAGCGGAAGUGUCGAGUCAUCAUCAACCAUGAGCAGGGACCAUGAUACGAGACAUCAGUACAUUAAUCAGCAACACCUUCAGAAUGUUCCUAUUACGAGCUAUGGUUACUGGGAUGGCAGCAGAAUUCAAACCGGGCUCACAUCGUUGCCAGAGUCGGCUAAGUUGCUGGCAAGUUGCCCCGACGCCUUUACCACGCAUCUCAAGCAGCAAGUUUUGAGUAGUACAGAGGUUCAGUUGGAUGCUACUGGUGGAAUUCUGAGCUUUGGGAAGCAUAUGGAAGAUAGAGCAGAGGCCUCAAGCGGUAAGGAGGAAGGUAACAUAGGAGGAGUAGAUGGUGUAGCAGAGGCAGCCACGUUAAUCAAAAGCUUCUUAGGGUCAUGA